AUGCAGGUGGAAUACGAGUCUUCACCUGCUGGACCGGCGGAUGAUAUUUUAGUAGAAGAAGAAGGAGUAUCGUUUAGACCAGGAGCAGGAGCAGGAGCAGGAGCAGGUGGGGAUGAAUCUGAUGAAGGAGAAGAGGAAGAGGCCGUCGAACAAGAUAAAGAAGAAAAACCGAAAAAGAAAAUAAGUAAACAAAGACAAUCACUAGCUGAGAAACAACUUGGAACUACUAUCUUCCCAUUAUCGAGGAUCAAGAAGAUAAUUAAAGCUGAUAAGGAAUUAGAAAAUAUGAGCUCAGAAGCUACUUUCAUGAUCGCGGUUGCUACUGAAUACUUUGUCAAACAUUUCAUGGAAGAAGGAUAUACGAAAGCCAGACUUGAAAAACGUAAAAUAGUAAAUUACAAAGAUCUCGCUGCAGUAGUAGCCAGAUCAGAAGAAUUCGAUUUUCUAAAAGAUGUCAUUCCUACGCCUAUCAGUCUAUCGGAAGCUCUAGAAAGAAGGAAACAGAAAGUAUCAACAGAUGAAAACCCUUCUUUACACGAUUCAGAUCCUAUUCAACCUAUAUCAAUAUCAUUGAACGAUGAUGAUUUACCACCUUUAGCAUUAUCGACUAAUCCUUUAUUUCCGAAUGCCAUCAUGAAGAAACCACCAAAUACACAUGCUAAAAGUGCUCAACAAAAACCUCCAUCAAACUCAAAUUCCAACCCAAAUAUGAACGAACCUGAUUCACCAAUAGCACCCACGACGACUGUCCCUCCAAUAUCAACUUCAUCUUCUUCCAAAGGCAGAGUUUCCGGAUCGGGAUCUGGACAAACCCCUCAAUCAGCUACUAAAGUCUUAUCUGGCAAGAACGCUCCUAGUACACCACAUGGCUUGACUACUAGAGGCGCGGCGAGGAGGUCAUUAGUAGGUACGGACGUAGACAUGAGUCCACUUAACGAUCUAAGAAGGGAAGUUGCUGUUGAGGUUGAGGUUGAACAUGAAGACGGUGACGAGAGAAUGGAAGAGUAG